UCUCUUCCAAACUGUUCUGUGAUUCUAUGAUUUUGUAUCAUUAAAACAAAAAAAGCCAGAGAAGGUGUUUGCAGGACUAGGCAAAAUCAGGUUAGAAUUGUUCUGCAGAAAGAGCAACAAGACUCAAGGUUUGUCAAGAGUAAUAGAUAGGAAUUACCUGGUUUAUAGCAGAGUCCCAUUUCUGAAUUGCCCGUGGUCCAAGUCAUGUCCCAUUCCAGAUCAAUAUCCAAACCUUGAAUGGUUUGGGCUGUCUCUUGUUACCCUUUUUCAUCCUCACAAAUACAAACUUAGUCCUGUUUUUAAAUUAUUUGGUAUAUUAGUAUUCUUAUUAUGCAGCAGACUUACUCAUCUCUUGCAAUCACCACUCAUUUCACUGCCAACUGAGUAGCUGGUUUGAAGAUGAGACUUUAUCUUCGAAAUAGAAUUAAGUAUUUAUUCACCUAGGUUGCAUGAAUGCAACUUUAUCACAGAGCAUUGUGUUGCUAAAGUUUUGCAGGGGUUCAAAAGCAGCUGAGUAAAAUCCCUGAAUAGAGGGAGUGCUAGCAAAUUACUGGACCUUUAGCUGGCUGAUGAAGAUUGAUGCCUAAUCAUUAGGUCAUUUCAGUUUUCUACUUUAUUUCUUUUCAUAUGGUGCAACCUUUGGAAAUUUCAAAUAACAAAUACUGCAGGGCUGAACUGAAAAUCACAACAGAAUCGCCAUUUAAAAAAUAGGCUUGUUAUUUUUCUUGAUUAAGAAAACAUGCUACUUUGAGAGGCAAAGCUCAUGAGGCAGAGCAGACACUUGAGAUAAUGAUGGGAGGUUUUCUUUCACUUCAAGAUUGUUCCUGUGCUGUGCCCUGUUGUGCUUAUCUGCAGAAACUACAUCAAGGGUGUAUGUCCCAUAAAAGUGCUGCCCUUCCUCUGCAUGGCCCCUUCCCCAGCCACAUCUUGUUCUUUCUCACAGCGUGCUGUUACCAGCGAUCCGUGGUUGGCUCUGCAGCUGUCUGGCUGUUGUUGUUUGAGACUUACACAUUAGCCCCUUAUCUUCUGAGUUUCUACACCUCUGUGGGCUUAAGUUGACCAAAAGAUCAGUCACAAUUUAUCAGCUAUAAGCCACAGUUUUAAGUCAUAUUAGAAGGUGAAAAUAACUCAAGAAGUUCACUGCUUAGUCCCAGAACCCAUCCUGAGGCUAUGGUGCAGCAGCUGUGUGCAGUUAAGAUAGUUUGUACGUGUGCUACAGCUGUCUUGGAGAUGAAGAGGAUGGUUAUGUUAAUAAAACUGCCAGUCUGCUGCCUUCAGUGUGGUUAAUCAUAAGGAAAAAAACAGAAGGAUAGAGGAUGUUAAACAAGUAAUGUUUUCUUUGUGGAUGCACAUACAAGACAAGACUUAGCAGGAAAAGUCUGUUUUUCACAGGACAAUAAAUUACUUCUGCCACUUCACUAAGCAGGGAAAAAGGCAUGUUGAUGAAUGAGGAGGAUUGUAUAGGCUAAAGCCUGAACUCUGAACCAAUAAAAUAUCCAACCAGUCAGACUGGGAGCACAACAGAGACACUGGUGGGGGAAAUUAAAAGCUGCAGCCAUUGCUGCUUUUGCAUAUGCUUACCCUGAAUAUUUAACCCUUUGCUGUUGACACUCUCUUCCACAGUAGGGAGGUGUAGAAACUGAAAGGAGGAAGAUUUUCAGUUGUCAUAUUUUUAAACAGGAAUCUGAAAAGGUUUUCCUCCAGGUGCCCUUGAGGAGGGUGCCUGUAGAAUGUAACUCAUUUCAGUAAGAAACUCAUUUAAACGAGGAACUGUUAUUUGCAUUUUACUUACUGUUUAAUGGAGAAUGAGGUAUAAGACAGAUCCCCUACUCCUUCAUGGAGAAAACACUACAGACAGUCAAUGCAAAUUAGUACCAGAAUGAGAGGAAAGGUGAAAUCAAGAGUCUAAACUUACAUUCUGCAGCAGUAGUGAUCUUUCUAUUUCAAGAAAAUUUUCAAUCUAGAAGAUGUCUCUCCUGGUUUCUCAGGGGAUAAAAAUCCAUAUCACAGGACUAUUUUGCUGAUACUACUUUGCCCACUCCUGCCAGUGUCUGUAGAGAGAUCAAGUAAUGAAAAAGUCAUUCCUGUUUUCACCAUUUUGCACACACGGGUUAAUGCCAGCUGGAGGAAUAAUACUAAGGAGAAGUCUCUCUCAAAUUAACUAUUGUCUUUUGAUACCUAAAAAUAUUGACUGUGCCACAACUAAAAUUUUCCCCACAACAACAUAAUUAUAUGCAGCAACAAAAUGUUAAUAGGAGUAGGUGAGUUUGGCCAAAACAGUUGGCAGAGAUCACAUCAUCUGCUGCAUCUUCCCCAAGCCACCUGCAUCGAGUUUCUGAGUGUGAAAUGAAGUUUGGCUCUCAACAAGAAGUAGGUCUCAUGUUGUUUACUCUUGAAAUGCGCUGCCUCUCACUCCUAUGAAGUAGGUAAGCAGAUAAUCUUGUAUAGACUCACAUAAGCAGGACUCAGAAAUCUGAAACUCUCAACACAAGAUUUAUCAGUGAUAGGGGAGGGCAGACCGACAGCUGGGGCUUGCAUACAUGGAUUGGUUGUGAAGAAAGUCCCCAGAACUAAAAUGCAGAGGUGUGAUGAAGAUUAGACCCCACGGCUGCUGAGGACACCAGCGAAGCACAAUGGAGACCCCCAGGCCAUCAUGGCAGGAAAAGGUCACAGGGAAGUUCAGGAAUAUUGUCUGGUGUGUUUGGGGAGCUCAGAGUGAUGUAAGGAAAGGGCAGGGGAAAGCCAAACUUUCCAGAAUUCUGGCAGAAUGCAUGAGCAGCCUGAGCAGGAGGGUCACCAGGGGGCAAGGCAGAAUGUGAAAAACUUUGUGUUUCUACUGUCUGCUGUAGCAUGUUUUGAUAUCGUUAGUCUUUUAUCUCUUUCUUCAUUUGCAGGCUGUGUUCCCGAUGGAAUGCUUUUUCAGCCUCUGGAGUCCUGGGGGUUUUGUGCAGAUUUUCUGUCCCAGGAGCCCAUUCUUUGUAAACGUGAACCUGUAUCCAGAAGCAUAUGAAUUCUGUUUAUUACAUAAACUGUCCCUCUGUAUUGGUGUGCCUUUCAAACCCCACUGCAGGUGCCUGCUGAGGGCUCUUUGUUGUGCCUGUCUGUAGUCAGCCCAUGAGCAGCUGGUGUGUGGAAGCUAGGCAGACCUGUUCUGCAAGUGUGUGCCUUCCUGUCAGCUGUGUGUUGGAUAUCCCUGGGGAGACAGCUGAGGAGACCUAGACCAGCAAAGAGAUGAAGCUGGGCGGGACUGGAUUAGAAAAAUCAGUGAGGAACUUAAUCAUAAGAUUUACAACCCUGCCAAAGUAAUCAUAGGAGUUACUGGGAGUGGCCUCACAAGCUGGGAACCGGCAGCAGGAGAGCAUCAGGAAAAGACAAGCACAGAGUAAGGGAAGUGGUGUCAUUCAGAUCCCAUGGUUCUGCCCUGAGUAUGGUUGGAAAACAUGAGUGCCACCCACUGGCAUCACGGCUGGGAGGUGCAUAAAGAGUAGGGAGGAAUCUUCUCUACACACAGGGACCAGUGUAGACAUGGCUGCUGUGUCAGAGCUUUUUCCAUGGAUCUUUGCUGCUCUCUCUGUAAGCACAAAUUGGGAUAUGUGUGCUUUUUUGUGCCUGUGCUUGCAUGGUGUGUAAAUGUCAGUGUGCAUUCUAGUAAGCACCUGUACAAAGCCAUUGGCAGUUUUAAGAUGGAGCUUGGACUGUUCAUGACUUAUACAAUAUGAUUACUGGCUAGUGGUCCUGAAGUCUGUGUGUACCUGAGAAUGAAGGAAGCCAGGCCUGGUCCUGUGUAUUUGUGUGUAAGUGUGUGUGUGUGUGUUAGAGCUGAGGUGGGUUGUUUCAGUGUGCUUGCUUUCAGAGUGUACGUGAAAAGCUUGGUAUUAUUGCUGUGUUAUUACUCCUUUGACUGGAUUCCUGGUGUAGCCAGCCUUGGAACUAGGUAAAUCUGCUAGCACAUUAAGAAUGAAAUUAAGUAAAAAAAAGGAAACAGACUUUUUGUGAUACCUUAAAGCACAGGUAUAUUCCAUUUUCCUCUCUCUGCUGUCUCUGAUGUGCAACUGGUAAAGAAUAAUUUCACUCACUAAUUUUAAGCAUGAGAACAAACUGUUAAAUUUUUCAUCAUCAAAUUCCAUAAAAUCAAUGCCCUAUAUUUGCCAUUGAGGUUAAUUGCCUAAAACGCAUAGCUGAAAACAAAGUAGGUGCUUACAGGAUAGAAGUCAUGAUUCCUAUAAAAUGUUCUAGGUAAUACUGUUUGUGAAGAUGUUACAUUUUGGCAAUGUUUAUAAGAAGCAGUGACUAAACAAGGUGCAUGCUUGUACAGGCUGUGGAUUUUCAGCUACAAAUGCAGAAGAGUUGCAGAUGUUUCAGAAUACCUACAGACUUGGCAGUGCCCAGAAGUUGGUACCAGAGAGCCCUAAUGACACCUCUUUUUUCUCCUUGUCUUUGUACAGCAACAGGAGGAGUUGUGGCAAGGACUGUAGUCAAAAAUGACAUUUUCUCUGCAUGCUGCUGAUCUGUUCACUUGUAAUGGACCAGAAGAUAAAAUGCUGAGCCAUUCUGGCAUCUUAAAAAUGUGUUAGCUAGGAGGAUAUUAGAUGUUCUUUAAAUAUAAUGAGGUUCAUAUCUAUGGAUUUUUGUACAUAUACCAGCCUUUAGGACUAGGGGUCCUCAUUUGCUUGUGGAGCACUGUAGAACAAGCUUAACCCUAAAUUCUGUCUGGUCAUGCAGUGCAUCAUCCAUAGGACGUGCUAGUGCAUAUCCUGCGUCAUUCUGUAAGCCUUUAAAUCCCAGUGCUGCUUCAUGCAGCCACUGAUUGUAAGGGGUAAAAAGCUCCCUAUUCACUUCACUUCACUUGUUGCUUCAUCAUCAUCCUUUCUCCUAAUAAACUUUGUUAUUAUUCUUUACAUCUGUGCAGGAAGUGGGGGUUGGAGGCUUGCUUGCUUGUAACUGAACAUGGCAGGGGAUGUGAAAAGAUUCUCACGGAUGCUUCUGGAGUGCAAUAGCAAUGACAAGCUAUGUGUUGUGUGUGAAUAUCAAACAGAAGUGAUCAUUGUCCCAGUUCUCCUGGUGGGAGUUUUUGUCACUGUGCUCACUGUGAUCCUUUGGCUCCACUGCCGCAGCCUGCGAGCAAAGCAGGAGCAAUCAGCACCAACCGGAUCCCAAGUGACAAGAAAGAAUCAGCAGGAACCCUGUGCAACAGAGAACCGCUACAUCCAGCUGAGUGAGAGAUCUGUGGAGAGCCUGCUAAAUUCUGCAUCCUUGACUCUGAAAGAAUUAGAGAUACCACGAGAGAAACUCUUACCAGACACCUUGCAGCUGAUAAAACGUGGGAGCUAUGGGAGCAUCUACAGAGCACAGUUGGAAACUGGGAACUCUGGGAAGACUAAGACUGUGGUAUUGAAAGCCUUGCAAGAUCCAGCUAGUCCCGAGAAAGUAGAGGAUUUCUUGGGAAAGAUUAAAUUUCAUCAAAAUCUUGGCCAUCAUGAGAACCUGGUUGAAUUGGUUGGAUGUUGUGUAGACCAGCUCCCACUUUAUAUGAUCAUGGAAGAUGUGUCUCUUGGUGACCUGCUGACAUUUCUGUGGACAUGUCGGAAGGAUGUAAUGGCAAUGGAUGGUAUCCCCUAUGACCUCACUGAGAGGCAGGUAUAUGAGGUUGGACAGCAGGUUGCAGCAGCUCUGGCUUAUCUCGAAGAAAAGAACUUGUUCCAUGGUGACAUUGCUGCCAGGAAUGUCCUUCUCCAUCACAACUUCACUGCUAAGCUCUGUGGUUUGGGCCUGGCCUAUGAAACUCACACACAUGGUGCCAGCUCAGUCGUACGGAAAGUGCCCGUCAAGUGGCAGGCACCAGAGAGGCUCCUGAGUAAACCCCCUACCAUCAAGGCAGACAUAUGGUCUUUUGGAAUUCUACUGUAUGAAAUGAUUACAUUAGGUGCUCCACCAUAUCCUGAGGUGCCACCUUCUGACAUCUUAUCAUACCUGCAGAAACAGAAUAUUAUGAAGCAGCCCUUGAGCUGUCAGCAAGCCAUGUACUGCAUCAUGAAGUCCUGCUGGCAGUGGAGUGCAGCUCACCGGCCUUCCCCAGCACAGCUCUUGUGCUCCCUGAAAACAGCUAUGAAGACCAGCAAUGGGCACACAGUGCUGCAGGUACCUGAGCCAGUGGUGCCUGAACUCUAUGCUGAUGUUGCUGGUGUUGAUGUGCAUAGCCUGGUGAGGGAAUACACAGUCCUCUGAAGGGUCCUUUCAUAUUUUGGUAAAGAAGAAAGAAGUCUCAGAGUUUUCCCUUUCUAAAUAUUUUGCAAGCUCAGAACGAGGUGCAUAUAUUGGAAAGGGAUCCCUUUGUUCUUCAAACAUCUAUAUAAUCUUCAGGCCAGACACAAGAAACUGUUAUCGUCAUUGUUAAAUCAACUUGUUGGUAUCAUUCUGCCUGCCAUUUGGAAGUAAAGUGUGUUAGGAAGCUGUAGAAAAUGUAAUGAGAAACUUAAAUUAAAGGAGUGUUAGGUUUGUGUGGCAAGGUUUUGGUGAUGGGGUGGACUGCAGAGGUGACUUCUGUGAGAAGAUGCCAGAAACUUCCCUCAGCUCCACGAUGGGACCUGCUGCUGGUCAAGGCUGAGCCCUUCAGCAACACUGGUAGCACCUCUGUGAUUACAUAUUUAAGAAAGUGUAAAAGAUACUGCACAGCAGCAGGUGAAAGAGAGGAGUGUGAAUGUGAGAGGAACAGCUAUGCAAACACCCAGGGCAGGGCAGAAGGAGCGGUAGGAGCUGUUCCAGAGUUGAGAUUUCCCUGAGAUUCUGUGGUGCAGCCCACAGCGAGAUGGCUGAGCCCCUGCAGUCCCUGGAGGGCAGGGGUGGGUGCAGAGAUCCACGUGCAGCCCCUGAAGGAGCCCACCCCAGAGCAGGGGGAUGUCUGGAGGAGGCUGUGACUCCAAGGGAAGCCUGUGCUGGAGCAGAGUCUGUCCUGGCAGAAUCUGUGGAGAGGGGAGCCCUCAUUGGAGAAGGACUGCACCUCAUAGAAAGGGACUCGUGCUGGAGCACUUCAUGAAAAACAACCCUUGCGAAGAACUUAUAUUGGAGAAAUUCUUGAAGGACCUACUUUCCUUUGGAGGGAUGCCACACUGGAGCAGGGAAAGCGUGUGAGGAGUCCUCCCCCUGCGGAGGAAAGAGCAGCAGAGACAAUGUGAGAUGAACUCACCACAACUCCCAUUCUCCCUGCUGGAUGAGAAAAGGUAGAGAAAUUGGGAGUGAAGCUGAGCCUGGGAAGAAGGGAAGGUUGGAGGAAGGUGCUGCAAGACUUGGUUUUAUUUGUCAUUAUACUUCCUAAUUUGAUUAGCACAAAACUAUUUUUUCUCAAGUUGAGUCUGUUUUGCCCAUAACAGUAAUUGGUGAAUGAUCUCUUGCUGUCCUGAUCUUGACCUGGGAGACUUUUGUUAUAUUUUCUCUCCCCUGUCCAGUUAAGAAGAGGAAAUUACAGAGUGGCUGGAUGGGUACCUGCCAUUCAGCCAGAGUCAACCUACCAUGAGGUUUCUGGAAAUUUUUCCCCAUCUUUUCUGUCCCAGGAAAAUGCAUCAGUUGGGUAUUUGAAAGAGGAGAUGUCCUGGGGAACAUACUGGGGUGGUAUUCAAUAAUUCUCUGGGAUUUCUCCAGUGCUUUAUGCUCUAGCUUCCCUUGGGAGCAUGUGCACUGUAUUCAAACACACAAAAAACCAAUCCCCACACCUCCUUGCCCAACAACAAUAAAACCAAGCAAAACCCUUCAUGUCUGUGGAUGCAGAAGCUGUUACACAAAUGUCGUACAUCUUCAGUGGAGAGUGUGCUUUCUCUGCAGGUCAGGGGAGUACUUCAAAGCUUAUAUGAAAUUUUUUUAUCAUUGAUUUUAAUGGACAUGCAGGCAUCAUAAAAAUUUUCACUGGAAGUUGUGGCUAUUUUGCUUUCAUUUAAAAACAAGCAGAAUCAGUCUGUGAAACAGAUUUUCUCACUUCUGUUUUUAAAGUUGAUAGUAUCUUAGGGGUUUUUUUUUCUCUUACUAUUUUGAAACUGUGAGCACUAAAGGUCCUUGUGAAAAAAGACUAAACACACAUUAAAGGAAUAAUUUUACCAUUCUGUGUGAAGAGUGGAUUCAGUGUUCACUCAGCAUCUCCCUACUUAGCAUGACUCUUUCCAUUCUGGUUUCCAUGAAAACUUGUUGGUCUUCUUCCAAAGACAAUGGUAAGAAGUUUUCUAUUUUUUAAUGCCAAAUGACAUGAAUUAAAUAGUCUUUGUAGGAAAUUAUGAUUGCUUGCAUAAAUAAAUGUGAGUUCAUACAGUCCAUGUGUCACCACUAUACACUGGGACAUUGCAAAGUCCAUUCAAGAGGAAGCAGUCAGCUUUCUGACUUUUCCCAUGGUGUUCGCUAAUUGCCACCUGGAUCUUCAUAAACCAGUUGGUGUAAAUCUGACCUGGAGAAUUGAGAUACCUUCUUUUCCAAAUGGUAGAAUAAUAACAUCCUUUUCUCUCUCCCUCCCUUGGAAACAGUUUCAAAGCUACCUCGUAAAUUAUGUCAAAUUCACAGUUAUCUUUGGUGAAUAAACUAUUUAUUUUAAAAAGCAUUUGAUUGGUUCAAAUCUCCCACUGAAAAGUGGGUAUUCAGAAAGGUCUUGCCUGUGAAAUGUGGGUAUGUGGCAGAUAAUACAAUCCCAGAGCUGUGAAAGCAUCCCCAGUGCUCCUGCAGACCUGACAAAUAACGCACAGGGUGCCUUGUUAAACAGAGAGCUAAAGAUAACAAAUGUAGCACUCUUCUCAGAGCACAGAAAGCAAUGCUCUGAUUUACGAAUGCUCAUAUUUUAUUUCUGUUGUGAAAGCUCUGAUCAAGGAAGUCCAUGGGAAUUCAGAUGCUGAGCACCUCAUAGCCUCCAACAAAAGAUCUACUUUGGUUUCCCCUGCAACAAAUCUGUGCCAAGACCCUGCUUAUGAAUUUGCCCACAGAAAGACAUUUUCUUACUGUAUGACAAGAUCUAAUUUAAUGUCCCUUCAGUAAUGUGUCCUUAUUCAUUCUAAGAAUGUAAGCAUUCUUGCUCUGAUUUGUCUUCCCCUGGUUAAUUUGUUGGUUUGGAAGUAACUGAAUCUAGAUGAUAAUAAAUUUUAUACUGGCAUAAUGUAAUUGUACAUGUGGAGUUACCUUAGUUUAACUGCCCUCCCUGCUUUUUAAAGUAUCCUAUACUUUAAAUCUUUUCCACAUAGCAGUCUCCAUUUUAGGAUCAAUGUAGACUCAUGCAUCAAUUUCUCCUUAGUGAACCCCCUGAGUACUUGGUGGAAAUUUUUC